GUGUGCGUGCGCGAUUCUUGCGAGCUCGCGCACGCCUCCCUUCGCAGUACUGGGCUGUGGCGGCCUCUUCCUCCUGCGUUUGGGGCAGAAUCCGGAGUGGUGGCUGCGGCGGGAGCUGGAAGCCAGCGUCCACUUCGCCGCCACCGCCCUAGCUGCCUGCCCCUCUCACUUGGGCUUUUCGCGUAGUGCAGAGGCGGCGGGCUAGGAAGGGAGCGGCGCGGGCGUGAGGUUCCCAGCUGAUGGGCAACCCCUGGGCGCGCUGAGGGGCCGGGCUACCAGCGACUGAGAAAAUGAUGCAUCCUGUUGCCAGCAGUAAUCCGGCUUUCUGUGGGCCUGGCAAGCCUUCCUGCCUCAGUGAAGAUGCCAUGAGAGCUGCCGAUCAGUUUGACAUAUAUUCCUCCCAGCAAAGCAAAUAUAGCCACACAGUCAGCCACAAGCCAAUGGCUUGUCAGAGGCAAGACCCAUUAAAUGAAACACACUUGCAGACUACAAGUGGCAGAAGUCUAGAGAUAAAAGAUGAACUAAAGAAAAAGAAAAAUCUCAACCGAUCUGGUAAACGUGGCCGACCUUCAGGAACCACCAAAUCUGCAGGAUACCGUACCAGCACAGGCAGACCCCUGGGAACCACCAAAGCAGCUGGAUUUAAGACAAGUCCAGGCAGACCUUUGGGUACAACUAAAGCUGCAGGAUACAAAGUCAGCCCAGGGAGACCUCCAGGUAGCAUUAAAGCUCUAUCCCGUCUUGCCGAUCUUGGUUAUGGCUGUGGCACAGCAGCUUUUCCUUACCCUAUGAUGCACGGCAGAGCAGUUCAUGGGGUAGAGGAAACUAGCAGUGAAGUCAAGCCACCCAAUGAGUGAAUGAAGGAGGAAAGGAGGGCCAGGUUUAGAAGGAAGGUUGUGAAUAAUCCCAAAGCUUCUUGGUUUUAUUUUGACAUACAUGAUUUUGUAGCCUGGGCUUUCCCAAUUUGUUUUCCCAUUUGAUUUGUUUUCCUGCUUUUGCUCAGAAACUGCCGGUUGCUCACAGAUGCCCUCAGGGCACGAGCAGUGGCGUUGUGUUUAUAUAUAGGUUCAAGUGUAAUACUUAACUGUCAUUUUUGCUUUUCCUUUAGAGUUAUGGUUAUGGUUGUGUCUCAUACGUCAUUACUACUUUUAGGCCAUUCUGCAUCGAUGUUUUAUGUGCUAAACAACUGAAACAAUUUUUCAUAUUCGUGAAGUAAGCCUACAAUAUAUUAAAAAUAAUAUCUAAGGUAUUUUUAACUGAUGGAACAAAGCAAACUAAUGAUUCAGGAUUACUUGAGGUAAUGGCUGUGAGUUUUUGUAACAUUUCUUUUCAUGAGACAGGACACAGAUAUUUGUAUGCUUUGGCAUUUACACAGACUUCAGAUGUUAAAAAUCUUACUUUAAUGUUCUAGGUUUAAACAGCAGAAACUUAUUUAUUUUGUUUUAUUGAUUUACAUGGUAUUGAUUGAUUUAACCAUUAUUCCUAAAAGAAUUCUUUAGUGUUUGCCUUCCAGCAGUGAUAUGUUGUGUAUUUUUUAAUUGCCUAAGAGUAUAUAUACCAAACACUACAAACAAUUCAUAUUUACCGAAAAAUUAAACUUUUUAAUAAAAACUGCACAUUACAUUUCUGGUGAAAUAUAAUGCAUUCUGAGAAUAGCAUAUUUAAUAUAAUAGAGAAAGAAUCAUUCUUAAGGUGUGCAUGUAGCCGUAGUCACUACAUUUUGCCUUUCAUUAUAUUUAGUUUUAAAGCAUUAUACUUAAAACAUUUAUUAAUGUUGUUCAUUUAUUCAAAAUGUUUUGUAGUUUUUUUUUUGUUUUUUUUUUUUGUUUUUUUUUUUGUUACCAAGAAAUUGUCCCAUUGCAUUAGCACUUACUGUGGUUUCAGGUUUCUAUCUACCAAAGGACACAAAUUGAAGGUAGAGUCUAAAACUGGUAAAAAACAAAAUGCUGUUUUCUGACUUUCAGAACCCAAAUAUUAAGAAAUCUGUCAGAAUCCAUCUAUGCAUGAAACGUGUAAAAAUAUGUUGGUUAGUUUAAUUAAAAGUCUAACAGUGGUUUCGGUAAGACCACUUCAUCCAAAAGAAAAUUUUUUCCAACAAUGUUUGCUUUAGAAAAAGGUAGAAAAGAAAAAAAAUACUGGGUAGGUGUGUAUGGUAGGGAUAGAAGAAAAUCUCUCCUCUCCCCUUGCUGAAAGUAACAUUCUUUGUUAAUAUACAUUUUAUUUAUUCUGAGUUUGUUCUAAAUAAAAUAAACUAUUAUAAACUUCAGAUUUGGAAAAAAAAUCCAAUGAACUUUAAAGUUACAAUGUAUGUAUUUGUGAUUUUAAAUGCCUUUGAGAUUAUAAUGUAGAUUUGCAGGACCCAAAAACUUUUAAAAUAAUGACAACUUUAAAAGGGCACAUCUUGUGUUGUUUGGGCUUGCUCUCAGUUAAUGCAAACUCUGAUUGCAAAUGGAUGUCAUGUUUCAUACCUUUUUUAUCAGGAAAAAAGCAGCAAGCCUUCAGGUGUUCCAGUGAUGCCUGACACAAUGAGCUGGACUUAUGCUGCUCUUUACAGUAAGAGGUGUUGCAUUGUAUGUGGGGACUUUGUGUGCACUGGCAUCUAAGACAGUGACCUCAUCAAUUUUAGCUUUGCACAAACCCUAGAGAACAAUAGUGGAUGACUAUAUAAUCAGUUCUAACAUUCUGGCAGCUAAAUUGCUACAAGAGUUUCUCCUUACAGAAGCUUAAAAUAGAAAACUUUUUAAUAAUUUACUCAGAACAGUAUACCUUCUGACACACACAAAUGCUUACAUCUUUAUUCCUGUGUUCAUCUAUCCACUUUUGUGAUAUGUAUCUGUCAUUUAGCUCUUUCUCAAGAUGAUGUUCAGCGGUUGGCUGCUUAGAAAUCCUCUUUUGAGUUCCUGAAAAUAGUUGUUUAAAUGUUCUACUUAUAUAUCACUAUCAAGGAUUUGGUUACAUGUUGUUUUAUACUGUGUCCAUUUGACAUUUCCCUUUCAGUUUAUUUUUAUCCCUGAUUUGUUGUACAUACCCUUCCCUUUCUCUAUGCCCUUUGCUUUGUUGAUUCCCCUGCCUUUUGCCCCAUUCUCCAGCACAUCUUCUCAGUGGUGCUGUGCUGUGUGUCAGAAGAUAAAGCAGGUGUAUUAUUGUAUAAUGAAUUUUGUAUACAUGUUAAUGAAAUGGUGAAAACAACUAAAGGAAUUCUGUUCAUAACAGUGUUAAUUAAUAUCAGGAGUUAUGUCCCAGGAAAAAAAGAGGCGAAUGGCUACAGUUGUGAAUGGUUAACAUUGUUUAGAAUGCUGGAUUUUUCUGUUCAGGUAACCGUUUACCUGGAGUAUUAGAGCUGUAUGGUGGUGAGCAUCUCCUGAUUACACUUCCUUUUCUCCUUGUGAACAGUUUAUUGGUACCAUGCUGAAGAGAAUGGACAUAGAGUGAUAACAUGAAUGAAGUCUUAAAAUACACAAUAUUUUUACUUCUCUAUAAAGACUACAUCGUGCAUCUUUUGUAACACUGUCUCGUCAUGAUAAACACUGAAAUAGCAUGUUAAACAAUUGCCUAUACUUUAAUAUAAUCAGUUGGGGAAAACUGGCCUUUUCUUCCAACUGUGUGAUUGUUUCUUGAAAGGUAAAUUGCUAAUUUUAUAUUGUAUAAUUCUCUCUUCACAAAAUAGGUUUCACUAUUCUAUAUUAAAACUGUUGAUCAGAAAAUGAUCUGCUAUUCAAGUAAGUUUGCUUUCCUUUUUUCUUUGAAAAAUAUUUUAACAUGCCUUAUUUAUUAUCAUAUUAACAAAUAAGCAGCUAAUACAGAUGAAGUUUUCAUUUUUUUCACAGAUAAACCUUGCAUAACUGAUCUUUAGUAUGGGAUGAUUUUGAUACUAUCUUUGGAGUUUUGCACUGGAUAUUUUAAAAAUACUGGCACAAUGUAUUGGAAGAAAAUAAGCAUCUGAUUAGUUUUUAAUAUUUGGGGACAUUUUUUAAAUCAGUGUUCAUUUAGACUAAAAUAUUCUUGAUAUUUUUUAUUUACUUUUUAAGGAAAUCUCUGUUAAAGUAAUAAAAGUAAUAUUCAUUCCAAACUGAUGUUUGUGUGAAUUUACAUGUAAUAGUUUCUUGAAGUAAUAGAGUUUCUUUGAGUUAAGGAGGAAAAAACAGUUAUCUGGAUCCAUUUAUUAGGUUAAAGGUGAUCCAGCCAGUGUAAGAAAAACCAGUGUAUGAGCUAAAGAAAAAAAAAAAAAAACUUUCUAUUCUAAGAAGCUUUAAAAGAAGAAUUCAGGGGAUGUUGACAAUAACUGCUGCUCUGUCAGUCAUUGUCUCUAUAUGCAGUAAAAUUUUAUGGUCCCUUUAUAAUAUAAACAUUCACAACAGUUGUUCAAAACAUUUUUUUCCUUGGACAUAAAAUAUUUUGAUGCUAUAUUUUUGUUUUUAUUAUAGCUUAACUAUAUGCUCUGAACUCUAGGAUGUAUCUAAAUCUUUCCUUUGCUUUUCCCUCCACCUCCCCCCAAAUAGAUAAAUCUGUGCUCUCACAUACAUUGUAUUUAAUUUUGGGAAAAUUUAAUGCUAUAGUAAAUCAAGUGUGUGAUUUAUAGUAAUCAGACCACUUUGAUUCUUUAAGUUUCACAGUUUCCUUUUUCCACAUAUAAUUACAGAGAAAAUAAUUACCAAUUAACUGAUAUAAGCACGUUGUCCUCUGCUGUAAAAAGUCUGAAUAGAUACUGUGUAUGUUUUUAUGUCCAUGAACUUGAGCUACUCGUGUGCAAUUAUGUGUAUGGGAAUGGAGUAGUGUUCAUGAUUCGUAUCUACAUCAUCAUAUGGAUGUAUAUUUAUUAAUAAAGUCAUUACUUUAAAACCAA